GGCGGCCACAUGACUGCCGGUACCUGCAGCGAUACACGAUUCCGCCCUUAAAAGCGUGCGCUCCCACAAAGUUUCAAGCAAGCGCCUAGAAGACUCCGACAUGGACGCUAAGUCGGUGGCUUUCGCGUUGCUCUGCACAGCGCUCGCAGUCAACGCCCAGUCGUACGGAGGGGGCAUUCGACGGGUACCCGGAGACUUCUCGGAGGGUCGGCCCGGUGGACUGCUACCUGGAGGCGGCUUCGGCGGAGAGCUAGCCGGUGGCUUUCCGGGCGGCUAUCCCGAGCGAGGUCCUGAAAGGUUUCCAGAAGCCGUAUCGGGAAGCUAUCCCGGCAGGAGGCCGGGAAGAUUUCCAGGUCGGGAUGUCUACCCAGGAGGCUUCCCGGGAGGAACUAACCCGAGACUUUGCGGAGAUCGCAUCUGCCCCAUUGGAACUCGUUGUGUGGUGCACCAGGCUCGUUGUGUGAGACCGCCGUGCAAGCCUAUCCGAACUUGUGUCUCCUAGGAGAUGCACCAUUAUGCACGUCAAGACUCCAGAAACCUGAUGUCUACAAGCAAUUCCCGAAACAUGUUAAAUAAAAGGAAGUUCUGGCUACGGUUCGGCUCGUUUUUACACCUUA